AUGUUCAGUAAAAUUUUUCUUAUUGUACUUUGUGCUGUGUCGACAAUUCUCUGUGAACAGGAACCAGGUAUCCAACGAUGUGCUCGUGCAGCUAGUUCUUGCAUCCUUGCUCCUGAAUCUACAGAAGGACCGUACUAUUGGAAUUCAACCAUUCGACGUGAUAUAACUGAAGGCAAAGGUGGUAUUCGAUUUCGACUGGCCAUUACGGUUUUGGAUACAACAACUUGUAAACCAUUGAGUAAAGCGCUUGUUGAUCUUUGGCAUUGUGAUGCAGAAGGUAUGUAUUCCCAUUUUAUUGCUGCCAGUUUGGGUCAGUUCGAUGGUGCAUCCGACAAUUCCACAUUCUUCCGAGGACAACAAGUCACUGACAACCAAGGUGUUGCCUAUUUUGAUACUAUUUACCCCGGUUGGUAUCGCGGUCGUGCUACUCAUAUGCACGUAAAAGUACACGUUGGUAGUGCUUUGACAACCGUUGGCGGAGCAGUCUAUGCUAAAGGUGGGCAUGUUUCGUUCACUGGUCAAAUAUAUUUUGAUGAUACUCUCACGGAUCAAGUUGCUAAACUUUCACCCUAUACAUCCCAUACAAUACGUCGAACGCGAAAUGAUGAAGACGGAAUUUUCCGUGGUGCAAAGGGUUCAACAACGAUUGUACCUGUUCAAUUUUUAACUUCGAAUAAUUUCGGUGGUGGAGUCAAAGGUGCUAUUACACUUGGUGUCAACCCUAGUGCUGUAUCAACCGAAUCAGGAAGACCAGGUGGUCCAGGUGGUCCUGGUGGCCCAGGUGGUGCUGGUGGUGCUGGUGGUCCUGGUGGCCCAGGCGGUCCAGGUGGUCCACGACCACCGCGUCCAACAACUCCUGCCCCUGGUCGUUAA